AUUUAAAUUUUUUUUCAAUGGCGGUCGCAUUUCAAAAAUAUUUUUCAGCUUUUUCAUUCAUUUUGAGAAGUUCUUGGUCAAAGCAAGGUUCACCCACGCUGCCGUUGAGUUUUGCUCGUUAUUAUGCAAGUAAAAAAGGUAAAGUUUAGCAUUUUUAGAGGGAAUAAAAUGGUGUUAUUAUUUUAUUGUUAUUUUAAUAUUUUUAAUAUGAGUUGACCUGUUGAGUAUGGUAUGCAAAAUAUGUGAGAAUAGGUACCAUUAUACGUUAAUUAAUAUCAGGAUUUUGGCGUCUCACUCCAUAUAAUUAAUUGUUCAAGGGAUGUGUCAAAAAUGGAAAAUUAUGGUAUUUACCAAUACAUUCAGAGUGUGCGCCAGACUGGAAAGUUUGGAAAUUGCGCGCCGGAGAUUUCAAAAAUUUAAUAGUAAAUAUAUAGAAAGCAUCAAAAUUGCGCGCCGGAGAUAUCCACCGCGCGAUACAAACUUUCCACACUGGAGUGUGCGCUGGGGGUCGUGAGUUCGAAUCUCAGAGUGUGUGCAAAUAUUUUUCAAUUUAUGGGGCUUUGGUGGCGAAGUGGUUAGUGCACUCUCCUCUAAGGCCGCAGGUUCAUGCCUCAGUGAGAACUUCAACAAUGCGACUUGAACCCAGUCCUCAUGUGAAAAGAGUAAAAGUCAACGUUCUACAAAAGCCGUGGGUGUUCUCCCGGUACUCCGGUUUCCUCCCACAGGGAGAGUUGACAGGGUGGGUUAGGUAAAAGGGCCCACAGUAAUUGGCACAUGCUGUUGUGGUGACCCUGCCCCAGUUGGCAAAGCUAAUUAAAAAUAAAAAAAUACAUUGGCAUCAUACACCUUAGUAUUAUACAUGAACUUGCACUUCAAGCAUCUCUCUGUAGCUCAUUUGGUUAGAGCGAUGCACCGGAAUCGCAGGGCCAGAGGGCGUAUAGUUAUAUUUUUUGCAACCGUUCCUGGUUAGGUGUAAUAAAUGUUUUUACUCAUAAUUUCCAACUGUCGUUUUUCAGGUCUGAAAAGAAAAAAGAUAUCCCAGGCAUCAUUUGAUAGUGAUGUUGCCGAGGGUGUGCUUGAUAUUGGGAAGCUAUCAGACAACAUGGAAACCGAAGUUAACAAACUUCGACAGGAAUAUCGAAACUGCAUAACAACAAGAAUAUCACCAGGUAUUUAUAGAUGUAUAUUGCUCAAAUAUGAGGUUUUGUGGAUAUUGAUGUAUAUUGCUCAAAUAUGAGGUUCUGAAGCUAACUGCAAUCCGUGUUCAGAAGGUCUCAUGCAUGCUUAAGUAAAGUAGAAAAUUUCAAGAACUCCCUUUUCAAAUGCCAGAACUCUGUUUUGAAAUGCCAAAACUCCUUUUUCAAAUGCCAGAACUCCAUUUUCAAAUGCCAGAACUCCGUUUUCAAAUGCCAAAACUCCUUGUUCAAAUGCCAAAACUCCUUUUUCAAAUGCCAAAACUCAGUUUUCAAAUACCAGAACUCCGUUUUCAAAUGCCAGAACUCCCUUUUCAAAAUGCCAAUACUCAGUUUUCAAAUGCCAGAACUCCUUUUUCAAAUGUCAAAACUCAGUUUUCAAAUGCCAAAACUCCUUUUUCAAAUGCCAAAACUCAGUUUUCAAAUGCCAGAACUCCGUUUUCAAAUGCGAGAACUCCCUUUCCAAAUGCCAAAACUCCUUUUUCAAAUGCCAGAACUCCGUUUUCAAAUGCCAGAACUCCGUUUUCAAAUGCCAGAACUCCGUUUUCAAAUGCCAGAACUCCCUUUUCAAAAUGCCAAUACUCAGUUUUCAAAAGCCAGAACUCCUUUUUCAAAUGCCAAAACUCCUUUUUCAAAUACCAGAAUUCCGUUUUCAAAUCCAGAACUCCCUUUUCAAAAUGCCAAUACUCAGUUUUCAAAUGCCAAAACUCCUUUUUCAAAUGCCAAAACUCCUUUUUCAAAUGCCAAAACUCAGUUUACAAAUGCCAAAACUUCUUUUUCAAAUGCCAAAACUUCUUUUUCAAAUGCCAAAACUCACUUUUCAAAUGCGAGAACUCCGUUUUCAAAUGCGAGAACUCCCUUUCCAAAUGCCAAAACUCCUUUUUCAAAUGCCAGAACUCCGUUUUCAAAUGCCAGAACUCCGUUUUCAAAUGCCAGAACUCCGUUUUCAAAUGCCAGAACUCCCUUUUCAAAAUGCCAAUACUCAGUUUUCAAAAGCCAGAACUCCUUUUUCAAAUGCCAAAACUCCUUUUUCAAAUACCAGAAUUCCGUUUUCAAAUCCAGAACUCCCUUUUCAAAAUGCCAAUACUCAGUUUUCAAAUGCCAAAACUCCUUUUUCAAAUGCCAAAACUCCUUUUUCAAAUGCCAAAACUCAGUUUACAAAUGCCAAAACUUCUUUUUCAAAUGCCAAAACUUCUUUUUCAAAUGCCAAAACUCACUUUUCAAAUGCGAGAACUCCGUUUUCAAAUGCGAGAACUCCCUUUCCAAAUGCCAAAACUCCUUUUUCAAAUGCCAGAACUCCGUUUUCAAAUGCCAGAACUCCGUUUUCAAAUGCCAGAACUCCCUUUUCAAAAUGCCAAUACUCAGUUUUCAAAUGCCAGACUCCGUUUUCAAAAUGCCAGAACUCCAUUUUCAAAAGCCAGAACUCCGUUUUCAAAUGCCAGAACUCCCUUUUCAAAUGCCAAAACUCCGUUUCAUGGGCGGUACCUCAGCUGUAUGCUAAUAAAGUCAGAUUUGUAAGUUUAACUAUUAUCUAAAAACCACUAGAACUAGCCACAACUACAAGAAUAACGACAGUAUAUAAUUUUUCAGCAAUGUUUGAUAAUAUAAAGUUGACAACUGGCAAACGUAAAGUUUCACUUGGAAACAUUGCUGCGAUUCAAAACAAGGAUGACAAAUAUAUACUGGAUUUCACCUCAUCACCAAAUGUAAGCCAGCCUUUCAUUAGUUUCUGAAUAUCUUGGCAAACACGUUCAGUUUUGUGAUGGCAAGAUACAAGUUUAUAAACUCUUGAUGUUUUGCUUAAAAUACCUGGCCCAGAAUACCACGAUUUUGAGAAUAAUAUAGAAUACAACCCCCAUGUUUGAAAUACAAUUUUCUGUGUGUUUUAGCUAACUAGUCCAGCCAUGAGAGCAUUAAAUGAAAAUUCAAUUUUCAGUCCGUUAUUGGAAGGGAAUACCAUCACAGUCACUGUACCUAGGUAAAUAUUUGUUUGUGAUAAUAAAACGCAUGUUGUGGCACCAGGUAAAACGGAGAAUUUAGACUUGAAAAUCUUAUUGGUGCAAACAUCAAGUCAACAUUGCAAGCAUCAACAUUGUAAGUAUCAACAUUGCAAGCAUCAAUAUUGCAAACAUCGAUAUUGCAAACAUCAAUAUUGCAAACAUCAAUAUUGCAAACAUCAACAUUGCAAGCAUCAACAUUGCAAACAUCAAUAUUGCAAACAUCAACAUUGCAAACGUUAACAUUAUGGACAUCAACAUUCAACAAUGCAAAGAACAAAAAUUUGUCGUUGUUGAAGUUUUUCAAUGUUCAUUGUUGCGUGCUUUAAUGUUAGAUGUUGAUUUCUGAAAUUACAAUAGUUGCAAAGUGUGCUGUUGAAAUGUUGAAGAGUGGAUUUGAAUGGCCAAUAUUGAUUGUUGAGUAGCAACAUUGGUUGUUGAGUAGCAACAUUGGUUGUUGAUUAGUAACAUAGAUUUUUGGCGGCGAUGGAACGCCAUAGAGACAUGCCAAUCAUCGUCCUGAUCUAUACUCGCAAUGAUCUUGUCUCCAGGUUAACAAUGGAAGUGCGCGAGACUCUGGUGAAAUCAGCCAAGGCGGUAUGCGAGGAGGCAAAAAUUGGAAUACGCAGAGUUCGACAGAGAGGAAUGAACGAUGUUCGAAAGCAGAAGAAAGCUAUCUCGCAAGAUGACGCGAGAAUGGUGGAAAAUUAUGUACGUUAUGAGCUUUACCUACAAAAUUCUGUGUUUUAUUUAAUUGAGGUCAUCGAUCUCGUAGCGAUCCAGUGUUACUACAAGAGGAGACCUAAACUAACUUUAUUUAUACUGGAUAGUUCUAUCAGUUCUAAACUGUUCUCCCUAGAGGUCCAGUAAGGAUCAUCUCUUAUUGAUCCAGUGUUACUACAGGAGGAAAUCUAAACUAACUUUAUUUAUACUGGAUAGCUCUAUCAGUUCUAAACUGUUCUCCCUAGAGGUCCAGUAAGGAUCAUCUCUUAUUGAUCCAGUGUUACUACAGGAGGAAACGUAAGUAUAUAGAAAACCUGCAUUGUUUUGUGAAAUCAAACUGGAAGCACGCUAACUUCUAUAAUGCAACUGAAAUUGGACAGAGAGAUGAACAACCACUGUGUCAUCAACUCUCCUUACUCCAUCGUUAUAUCUUCAGAUUCAAUCUCUGACUGACAACUAUGUUGAGCAAGUUGAUGAACUGUUGCAGGAAAAGUCGAAAGAAUUAUUGCAAAGAUGACACGUAAAACGAUGUUGAAUUUGAACGUAUUGUGAAAUCAAUAUUAAACGGGGAAAGAUAUCAUUUUAAGACAGCUUUCAACUAAGAAAAUAUUUUAAUAGAAUGUAGAAGUUGCUAAAUAGUUAUAUAUAGCUUUCAAACGAAUAGCUUUCAUUCCAUGCACUUAAGUUUAAGAUAGAUUGGUAUACGAGUCACUUGCAUCUUUUAAUAUUAACUCAAUGUGCAAUAAUCGUCCUUCAAAGUCAUCCAAGCGUUCACGAAUAUCGUAGCUUGUAUUCCCCUUGGAUUUCCUGUAAAAGGAGUAAAUAUAUUAUUGAAUUACAUGUGUAUUUAACACAAGAAAGUUAUCAAAUGUACAAUAUCGAUAAGUUUCAUUAAAAGUCGACUUGCCCUACAC